UAAUUUUCGACACUUCACAAACCUGGUGUUGCAAUCUCGCAAGUUCUUCUCGUGUUCUGAGGAUCAGGAAAAUUCUGCCAAUGCAAUCAAGAACCUUAGAAAAUUGAGAGCAACCGAGUGGCUGGCAAGCUAGCGAUUGACGGUCGCUUGUGGACUUCCGUCUCUGCUGGUUCGAUUCCAGCUCAUGCCACGGCGCGACUUAAUACAUAUCAGAAUCUACUGUAUUAGAGCGGUUUAAUAACUCUCCGCCUCACCAAACGAGAAGAAAAUUACACUAAAUGUCUGCGCUGAGUGGUUAAUUGAACACAGAAGAGCCCGACAAUGGCAAACUUGGCCGGACAGGCAGCGAAUUUUGAGUUCAUCUCUAUCCAUGUUCGUAAUCCUCGAACCCAUUUGUUGCGCAGAUGGCCUGUUUAUACAGACUUCGAGAUCGUAGUUCUGACCAACAGUAUGAUCUUUGCUAAGCAAAAUACUCAAGUUAGAAGACGUUUCUCGGAGUUUAUUUGGUUAUGGAAACAUUUAUCAAGACAUACCUCACUGACACUGAAACUACCUCCGUUGCCAACGAGGAGAAAAGUCUUUGGUCGAUUUAGCAAAGGAUUUUUAGAGGAACGUCGAAGUGGUCUACAGGAGGCUUUGGCCAGUCUAUCGCGAAUCACCCCAAUUCUCGCGGACUCCGUAUUUCAUCUGUUUAUCCAAAGUAACUUAACAAGAAAAGAGAUGGAGAACUUUAUCAGCGGAAGAGAUAAGAGAGAUCUUGUCGACAUCAUUGACCCUACAGGGGAAUGUCAACGAUACAAAGACAGAAGAUGUACAUGUCAUUCAACAGUGGACAGCGGUUAUUCGGGUAGUGUUCAGCCAGAUGAAGAAAGUCGAGGAAUAUCGGAUGAUGUUUCCAGCUGGGUUGCCUCACAACAGUACUUCGCCCCCAGCGGCCUUAUGGGAAAUGGCUGGAGCUCAGGAUACACAUGUCAAACCACUUGCAAAUCACGUUCAAAUUCACAACUUCGGGGUUUCUGUCCCGUUUGCUUCGAGAAACAGUCAACCCCUUUGAACAGAAGACUUAGUCUGACCCAUAAUGUAGCAUCAGUAUUACCAGGUGGACAGCUUAUGAUUGCCCCCUCGGGUAUGAAUUGCCCCAGGAUUGAUGAAGCCAAUUGUGAGAGCGCUGAUGGUAAAUCGGGCAGCCCCAAUCCUUAUGAAGGGGAUAACGAAACGGAGUUUGAUUUAUCAGACUAUGAAAUCGUUAAAGACGAACCUUUUAUUCGUGUAAGAGACUGGUUAAAUUCUCAGAAUGAUAAAUCAGCUGGUAGAUGUGACAGUAGCGAUGAGGAAGAUACUUUGGAUGCUUGCCAAAGGGAAGUGCGAUUGAAAGAGUUCGACGUUUUAAGUAUUCCUUGUGUUCGUCAGAUUAAUAAGUGCAAAUCAACGGCUAGUAUGGUUUAUGACAGCAAAGAAUGUAGUGUCCAAGGAGAUGCCAUUUCGGAAGAAGGUGGAGACAAUGGUGACUCUGAAUAUAGUUUUCUUCAUUCUUCCAUAGGUGGACUUGAUUGGAAAGAUCGUGAUGAGUUUUCAUCUUCAUGUGACAGUUUACAGUCAGCAUCUGUGUUUUUAACUUACGAUGUAGUCGAAAUGAUAGAAUUGCGUUACACUAACGUUGUAUGAUUAUCGUGACUAAGUGAAUGUUGGAAUGUUGCGUGAAAUAUUACGCGUGCGCAUGAAAGAAUAGGUUUGGCCUUUGGAUAGAGUGCAAAUACCUAUAUCCGAUUAUUAUUGGAGGAAGAAUUUGCGUGACAGCUCAUAAACCAAGUAUGCCAUUUGGACAAGGCAGUGAAAUGUUAUGAUGACUCAUUAAUGAGGUCACUUUUUAAUAUGAUAUCCAUUUGUAGAAAUAUUCUAUAAUCGAAUAGUGUACGAUAAAUCUAAGAUUUUAUGAAUACUCUGGUUCUAAUAA